CAGAUAAAGUAAAUAGGCUGAAGAAACGUAAUGGGCCAACACAAUUUAGAAGGAAAAGGAAGCCCAACUAUGAACAAACGUCAGCUUCAACAUUUCACAGUCGUGUCUUCGGCCUUAAAGCGGCGAUGUUCUUCCAAGUUAAGAACUCGGGUUCUGUAGUAGUCUGUAUCUUGUCGAUUCCUUAUGUUUACAUCAUAAACAAUCUUCUGGGCACUGAGAAUCUUCGAUAAAGUGAAGAACUUUGGUCUGUAGAAUCACUUAACAUACACAGGUUCCUCUGUUCUUCUUUGGGGUGUUUUUAGGUUCUCGAAAUGAGAGGAAUCUUUCUCAUUAGAUCAAGACUGUCACUUCUGAGAGCUUCCGCAUUCACCUGCUCACGAUCUGUAACUGUUUUGCCUUAUUCGAGUAGUAAGCGUAUCGUUCAACCAUGUCUGGAUCCUCCCAUAGCUCGUAUGCUUCCUUUGUCUCUCUGUUCUUCGUUCUCUACUUCCAAAUUUGAUAAUGAUAAUGAUAAUGAUGAUGAUGAAGAAGAUGAAGAAGAGAUUGACUCUACUAUAAUAGAUAACAAGGUUGUUUCAGAGGAUGUUCAAACCAUCUCAAACCUGCUGAAAGCCUGUGGUAGCAACCGUAAGGAACUGAGAGAGAAGCUUGAGGAGUGUACUGUGAAGCCAUCAAACUCACUAGUGGUGGAGAUUCUCUCUCUAUCCCGCAACGACUGGGAAACUGCAUUCACCUUCUUCCUCUGGGCAGGGAAGCAGCAAGGCUACACUCAUUCCAUCCGCGAGUACCACUCCAUGAUCUCUAUCCUCGGUAAAAUGCGAAAGUUCGACACAGCUUGGACUUUAAUAGACGAGAUGAGAAAGCUCACCCCUUCUCUAGUGAACUCUCAGACGUUAUUAAUCAUGAUCAGGAAGUACUGCGCGGUCCACGACGUUGCUAAAGCGAUAAACACUUUCCACGCGUACAAAAGAUUCAAACUAGCGACGGGGAUUGAUGAGUUCCAGAGCCUUCUUUCCGCUCUCUGUAGAUACAAGAACGUUCAGGACGCCGAGCAUUUGAUCUACUGUAACAAGGAGACGUAUCCCUUCGAAGCUAAGAGUUUCAACAUUGUUUUGAACGGGUGGUGCAACGUGAUAGGUAGCCCGAGGCAGGCGGAGAGGGUGUGGAUGGAGAUGGGGAACGUUGGUGUGGAGCGCGACGUGGUGUCGUAUUCGUGCAUGAUGUCUUGCUACUCGAAGGGAGGGAGCUUGAACAAGGUGCUCAGGCUUUUCGACCGGAUGAAGAAAGAGGGUAUAGAGCCGGAUAGGAAAGCGUACAACGCGGUGGUGCACGCUUUAGCUAAAGGUGGGUUUGUAGCCGAGGCGGUGAGUUUGGUGAAGACUAUGGAGGAGGAGAAAGGGAUGGAGGCUAACGUUGUGACUUACAACUCUCUCAUCAAGCCUCUGUGCAAGGGUAAGAAGACAGAAGAGGCUAAGAAGGUGUUUGAUGAGAUGCUUGAGAAAGGGAUUGUGCCGACGAUACGCACUUACCAUGCGUUUAUGAGGAUACUGAGGACAGGGGAGGAGGUUUUUGAGAUGUUGGGUAAAAUGAGAGAGAUGGGGUGUGAGCCAACGGUUGAUACGUAUAUAAUGUUGAUCAGGAAGUUUUGUAGGUGGCGUGAUUUCGAUAAUGUGGCGGUGUUGUGGGAUGAGAUGAAGGAAAGAGGUGUUGGUCCUGAUCUUAGUUCGUAUAUUGUGAUGAUACAUGGGAUGUUCUUGAAUGGGAAGGUGGAUGAAGCGCAUGGGUACUAUAAGGAGAUGAAGGAGAAGGGUUUGAGAGCGAAUGAGAAGGCUGAGGAGAUGAUUAAAAGUUGGUUUGAAGGAAAGGAAUGUGCAGAGAAGGGGAUGAUGGGUUUGAAAGGUGAUGUGUGUGGUGUUGAUAAAGAAGGUGUUGUUGAAGAUAUGAUUCAAAGCUGUCAUGCAGAGAAGGGGAUGAUGGGUUUGAAAGGUGAUGUGUGUGGUGUGGGUAAAGAAGGUACUGUGAAGAAAGCUGAGAGAGAAGGGAACUUUCUGCAGCAGCCUGAGGUGAGAAGGAUAGUGAGAGGACAUGGAUACUCGUUUUGGGAUGAAUAGAAAGCUAGAGAGAGAGACUAGCUAAGUUCUAGUUAGGUUUGAUCAUAACAUGUUGUCUUUGCUUUGAGAAGACUAAACAGAAACAAUGAAAAUCACUUUUAUAUAAAAUCUUUGGAACC